AUGCCGGACCGCUACAAGUGCGACUCCUGCCGCGCGGUAGUGCACCAUCUCAACCAGGCGCUGGUGAAGCAGCAGCCGAAGAGCCGCAGGCAGCGGUGUGUGGGGGUGGGGUGGGGUGCCCGUUUCGAGGACCCUCGGCCUCGCCUAAAACGACCCUGGCCGAAUGUCCCCCGCAGCCUUAUCUCUUUGGCUUAUUCGACGGUUUUUGUGGAUCACAAUGGGAGCUUGUGA